GUUGGGAGGCGGCAGCAGAGGGCGCUGGGUCGCCGGCCUGGGCCGCGUAUGCCAUUGGUCGGGGCUGGGGCGCUGGGUUGGAGAGUUGGUGGAAAGUGACAAGUUGAGCGAGAGAGGGAGCGCGGAGAGCGGGAGCAGCCGCUGCCGCUGCAGCCGCCGCCGAGGUAGCCCAGGGACGGCAGCCCCUGAGCGCAGGGUGCGCUCUUCUGGGAGUCCAAGCCGGAGCCACUCACACCCGCUGGUGCGACCCGGACAGCCCGAUACUGACCCGCAGACCCAGGCGAGGCUGCGCUCGCGGCAUCCAGAGGCGGCCGGGCGGAGGCGAGGGAGCAGGUUAGAGGGACAAAGAGCUUUGCAGACGCCCCCGGCGUCCCGCGAGCGCCAGCGACCGGGACGAGGCUGCCAGGAGCCCGGGGAGAGCCCGUGGAUGUUCUGCGCGCGGCCUGGGAGCCGCCACCGCCGCCGCGAGAGGAGGAAUGCACCGGCCGCGCCGCCGCGGGACGCGCCCGCCACUCCUGGCUCUGCUGGCCGCGCUGCUGCUGACCGCGCGCGGGGCUGCUGCCCAAGAAACAGAGCUGUCAGUCACUGCUGAGUUAGUGCCUACCUCAUCAUGGAACAUUUCAAGUGAACUCGACAAAGAUUCUUACCUGACCCUGGAUGAACCAAUGAAUAACAUCACCACGUCCCUGGGCCAGACAGCAGAACUGCACUGCAAAGUCUCUGGAAAUCCCCCUCCCACCAUCCGCUGGUUCAAAAAUGAUGCUCCUGUGGUGCAGGAGCCCCGGAGGAUCUCCUUUCGGACCACCAUCUAUGGCUCUCGGCUGCGGAUCAGAAACCUCGACACCACAGACACUGGCUACUUCCAGUGCGUGGCAACAAACGGCAAGAAGGUGGUUUCUACCACUGGAGUCUUAUUUGUCAAGUUUGGUCCCCCUCCCACUGCAAGUCCAGGAUACUCAGAUGAGUAUGAAGAAGAUGGAUUCUGUCAGCCAUACAGAGGGAUUGCAUGUGCAAGAUUUAUUGGCAAUCGCACCGUCUAUAUGGAAUCUUUGCACAUGCAAGGGGAAAUAGAAAAUCAGAUCACAGCUGCAUUCACUAUGAUUGGCACUUCCAGUCACUUAUCUGAUAAGUGUUCUCAGUUCGCCAUUCCUUCCCUGUGCCACUAUGCCUUCCCAUACUGUGAUGAAACUUCAUCCGUCCCCAAGCCCCGUGACUUGUGUCGUGAUGAAUGUGAAAUCCUGGAAAAUGUCCUGUGUCAAACAGAGUACAUUUUUGCGAGAUCAAAUCCCAUGAUUCUGAUGAGGCUGAAAUUGCCAAACUGUGAAGAUCUCCCUCAGCCAGAGAGCCCAGAAGCUGCAAACUGUAUCCGGAUUGGAAUUCCCAUGGCAGAUCCUAUAAAUAAAAAUCACAAGUGUUACAACAGCACAGGUGUGGACUACCGGGGGACUGUCAGUGUCACCAAAUCAGGGCGCCAGUGCCAGCCGUGGAAUUCCCAGUACCCCCACACACACACCUUCACUGCCCUUCGUUUCCCAGAGCUGAAUGGAGGCCAUUCCUACUGCCGCAACCCAGGGAAUCAGAAGGAAGCUCCCUGGUGCUUCACCUUGGAUGAAAACUUCAAAUUUGAUCUGUGUGACAUCCCAGCUUGCGAUUCAAAAGAUUCCAAGGAGAAGAAUAAAAUGGAAAUCCUGUACAUACUAGUGCCGAGUGUUGCCAUUCCCCUGGCCAUUGCUUUACUCUUCUUCUUCAUUUGUGUCUGUCGCAAUAACCAGAAGUCAUCGUCACCACCGGUCCAGAGGCAACCAAAACACGUCAGAGGUCAAAAUGUAGAGAUGUCAAUGCUGAAUGCAUAUAAACCCAAGAGCAAAGCUAAAGAGCUGCCUCUUUCUGCUGUACGUUUUAUGGAAGAACUGGGUGAGUGUGCCUUUGGAAAAAUCUAUAAAGGCCAUCUCUAUCUCCCAGGCAUGGACCAUGCUCAGCUGGUUGCUAUCAAGACCUUGAAAGACUAUAACAAUCCCCAGCAAUGGACAGAAUUUCAACAAGAAGCCUCCCUAAUGGCAGAACUGCACCACCCUAAUAUCGUCUGCCUUCUAGGUGCUGUCACUCAGGAACAACCUGUGUGCAUGCUUUUUGAGUAUAUGAAUCAGGGAGAUCUCCAUGAGUUCCUCAUCAUGCGAUCCCCACACUCUGACGUUGGCUGCAGCAGUGAUGAAGACGGGACUGUGAAGUCCAGCCUGGACCAUGGAGAUUUUCUGCACAUUGCAAUUCAGAUUGCAGCCGGCAUGGAAUACCUGUCUAGUCACUUCUUUGUGCACAAGGACCUUGCAGCUCGCAAUAUUUUAAUCGGAGAGCAGCUUCAUGUAAAGAUUUCAGACUUGGGGCUUUCCAGAGAAAUUUACUCCGCUGAUUACUAUAGGGUCCAGAGUAAGUCCUUGCUGCCCAUUCGCUGGAUGCCCCCUGAAGCCAUCAUGUAUGGUAAAUUCUCUUCUGAUUCAGAUAUCUGGUCCUUUGGGGUUGUCUUGUGGGAGAUUUUCAGUUUUGGACUCCAGCCAUAUUAUGGAUUCAGUAACCAGGAAGUGAUUGAGAUGGUGAGAAAACGGCAGCUCUUACCAUGCUCUGAAGACUGCCCACCCAGAAUGUACAGCCUCAUGACAGAGUGCUGGAAUGAGAUUCCUUCCAGGAGACCAAGAUUUAAAGAUAUUCACGUCCGGCUUCGGUCUUGGGAGGGACUCUCAAGUCACACCAGCUCUACUACUCCUUCUGGGGGAAAUGCCACCACACAGACAACCUCCCUCAGUGCCAGCCCAGUGAGUAAUCUCAGUAACCCCAGAUAUCCUAAUUACAUGUUUCCAAGCCAGGGUAUUACACCACAGGGCCAGAUUGCUGGCUUCAUCGGCCCGCCAAUACCUCAGAACCAGCGAUUCAUUCCCAUCAAUGGAUACCCAAUACCUCCUGGAUAUGCAGCGUUUCCAGCUGCCCACUAUCAGCCAGCAGGUCCUCCCAGAGUGAUUCAGCACUGCCCGCCUCCCAAGAGUCGGUCCCCAAGCAGUGCCAGUGGGUCGACUAGCACUGGCCAUGUGACUAGCUUGCCCUCAUCAGGAUCUAAUCAGGAAGCAAAUAUUCCUUUACUACCACACAUGUCGAUUCCAAAUCAUCCUGGUGGAAUGGGUAUCACCGUUUUUGGCAACAAAUCUCAAAAACCUUACAAAAUUGACUCAAAGCAACCAUCUUUGCUAGGAGACUCCAAUAUUCAUGGGCACACCGAAUCUAUUAUUUCUGCAGAACUGUAAGAUGUAAAUGUGGUAUACAGGACAAACUAGACAGCCGUAGAAAAGAUUUAUAUUCAAAUGUUUUUAUUAAAGUAAGGUUCUCAUUUAGCAGACAUCACAACAAGUAUCUUCUGUGAAGUUUGACUGUGUCUUACCAAGCAGGACAGACACUAGCCAGAAAACAAAAAAAAGUGAAAAUAUUGUGGGAUAUGCACUCCAUUGGAGUGCAUUACAUGGCAUUGGGACUGGAACAUGUGGUUUCAAGUACUGAAAACUGCAAACCAGUGAAGAGGAAAAGAACCUUGUGAUUAAAUGUAAAACCAAAAGUCAAAUGGUGCUUUAUGUUUUAGCCUUCAGUCACCACGACUGGUCUCUCCCCCAAAUGUAUAUAUACCAUAGCAUUUGUCUACCUGCUGUCUUUUCUUCAGGACAGAUAUUCAGGAAUUAUAUUGAUUCAGUUAAGACUCUGUGCAUGUUCUUAUGGAAAUGAUGUUCAGAAUCAAUGAAGAAGCUUCAGGCCAAAUUUGAAACCCUGGAGGGAAAUGAGCCAUAACACAAGUAUAAGGAACCCUGAAGCCUUCUAUGUCAUUGGGCUUCUUUGGGAAGAUGUAGAGUGUGCCUUUUUGUGAAUCCUCCUGUGAUCAUGAGGGUCUUUCCCACAGUUUCUCACAGCAUAUUUACAUAGCCCUUGGAAUAACACAGGGCAUCAAACCAUGAGAAGGCUAGAUGUGGAUGCUAGAAUUGAUUGUUGGUUGAUAGCUCACUUUGCUGGAUUAGGAAUGAGGCGCCAAAGGAAGCACAGGCAGGAAAAUGGCCCCACAGCCUAGAUCAGCAACUGUGGGAUCCCAUGGGGACAGCCCCCAAAGGAGUUUUCUGGAAGCAGUAACACUGAAAAAGAAGUGUGUGGCUACAGAUGAGCACAGUCACCCCUUGCAACUCCGUUUACAAGUUGUCCGAAGCAUGAGGUGCUUAUGGUCAACGGACUCUCGGGAAGUAGGAAACUCCAUGAUGACACCAAUGUCUAGUAAUUCUAGUUUCUCUCCCUUUUUUUCUGUGCUGGAAAUGUUCACAGAUUUUAUUCCAGCCCCAAGAAUUAUAACAGUUUAUUCAUACAGUUAGUUGGAAUCCAAAGGCAAUAAAUUCUGUUUUACAAAAUAUGGUCUUCCUACAAAACAAGCACUGAGUUCUUAUUUCAAAAGUUACCAAGAACUGAAUUCUUUAACUAGUAAACAGAAACAACAUGACCAUUUUUGCCUUAGUGGGAUGUUUCACAGGUGCAUCUUGUGGUAUUUACCUGCCAACCAUCUUUGCCAAGUUUAGAAUUCUUAAGGGUUUCAAGUUCUUUAUAGAAGUAAUUUUAUUUUUGAUUUUUCUCUUGUUAAAAAAAAAAAUUUCUUUAUUCUAAGAACAAUGUCUCAAAGUUUCAUUUUAUUUUAAAGGUAUAGGAGACUUGUAAAGAGACUUACAGGAUAUAAAAGUAAUUCCUGGAAAUGAUAUUUGAUGAGGAGAAUAUAAGAUAAUUAAAAACACAUUGAUGUGUUCAUUUUUUUUUUGAGACGGAGUUUCACUCUUGUUACCCAGGCUGGAGUGCAAUGGCGUGAUCUCGGCUCACCGCAACCUCUGCCUCCUGGGUUCAGGCAAUUCUCCUGCCUCAGCCUCUUGAGUAGCUGGGACUACAGGCAUGCACCACCAUGCCCAGCUAAUUUUUGCAUUUUUAGUAGAGACGGGGUUUCACUAUGUUGACCAGGAUGGUCUCAAUCUCUUGACCUCAUGAUCCACCCGCCUCAGCCUCCCAAAGUGCUGGGAUUACAUUUUUUAAUACAACUAACAUGAGAAAUCAAGAAAAUGUGUUUACCAAAAUGCAUUGCAAUUUUCCCAAACCUGAGUCUUCAGAUAACAAACAUGAACUUACAGGUACUGUGAACUCAAAGAAUUGGCUAUAUUCAGAUUUCUGGAGAUAAAUUAAGACAUAUUUUUGUGGCAUAAAUAAGCUGAUUCAGAAGUUACAUUUCUUAACUUUAGGUAGAGGAGAAUAUUUGUAUCCUUUUGUUGCUAUGCAACUGUUUAAUGAUGAAACUUCAAACCACAAUUUUGUAUAUCAUAUGACAAUCAGUUUUUUUCCAAGAAUAUUUAUUAUUUUAAGAACACCAUUUCAGUGAAUCUGAGUUUUUCUAGGAGUCCCUUAAAGGGAAAUUAGCAUUCCAUGAGCCAGUAAAAUACCUACUCUGGUAAAACAUUAUUAUGGUUAAAAAGUAAAUUCAAGUUAGUUUUUUAUAAAGAACUAUAACAUUUAUUUUAAACAUUUUAUAAUAACUGAAAACAUUAAGGUGAGCAAAUGAAAUUUCAAAACCACUUGUAAUAAUGUAUUUUAUAAUCGCACUGUGAUACUAUAUAACACAGUCUCUUUUGUAUUAAAAUAGUAUUUUUUUCACAAACUGAAAAAUAUCUUUUCCUUUGUUGACAAUGUUUUGUAAGAUGACUUUAUUUUCAGAUCUUUUUCUCUUUUUUUUUGCACAAAACUAUGCUUAUGGUUUGUGUCACAGAAGUGAAAAUAUAUCUUUGCCCUUUUA